AUGGAUCUGAACCUGGGCGGAAGCAAGAAGAAACAACAUCAUGUCCGGAAGAAAUACAGCAUCAUUACGUUGGAUUUAUUUAAGCCUACGAAAAAAUCAUAUCCUGAAUUUGAUUAUGAAAAAAUUUGCAAGGAAUAUCUGAAAGAAGAUGAAUCAAGUGGUGAGGAUGAACGUUUCCAUGAUCGUGAAGCUGAGGAAAUAGUGAGAAGGUUGGAACGAAAAUAUGGCGGCAAGAGAGACAAGCAUGGUCAUAAGAUUCGUUUUGGUUGUGCUGAUGAUUAUAUGGACAAGACAGCCGGUUAUGACCUCACUGAUCCAUUUAUUGAUGACACGGAAGCUUAUGAUGAACACGUUCCUUCAGCUUUGGAUACUGCACGCGGAGGUUUUUAUGUUAACAAAGGAAAAUUGGAGUUUAAAUCAAAGUUUGCUGAAAGUGACGGAGAUAGUGAUAUUGAAGAUACAGUAGUCAAGAAGAAAGCGGUGGAAAAAAAACGGAGAAUCUCCAGCGAUGAAGAAACAAGCGAUAGCAAGCGUACAUGCAUUUUCCCUCCUACAAAAUCACCUGUCGAUAAUAGCUCAUCAUUAAUGGAAUCUGUAAAAGCAUCAAAUCCUCAGUCACCAGUUAGAUUGUCUUCAUCCGGUGCUGCUCCUACGGUAAAACCAAGAGACCCAUCUCGCAAUCGUCUGCUCACACAACAGUAUAUUAAAAAGCGACGUCUUUUGGGGCAACCACCAAUGGCAAAAAUUCAAUCAGCAGCUGUAAAAGCUGCUCUUGGUGUAAAAAAGAAACUGAAACCACAAGCAAAGAGAGCAACUAUUGGAAUGAACGAUGAGGAUUUAGCUGGAUUUUUAAAAGACAUGACAGGUGGUGAAAUAGAAAUCGUGGAAGGAAUAGAAGAUGUAAUUUCUGGGACGAAAGAACAGGUCUGUCAAAAAACAACAAGCACACCCAUCGAACAUGACACUGAUGUUGUUGAUAAACCGGUAACACCUCCUACUGAGAAAGUAUCACAAUCACAGGUAGCUUCUAGUUCAGGUUUAUCUGCGCCUUCAUUCACUGUAGCCAUCCCGAAACGCUCACCUGGGCGGCCUACUGGUUCAACAAUGCAGCACAAACAAAUGCCAAUAAUGUCGGAUAAAUUGCGAACAAUGAUCGAUACAUAUAAACAGAAGACAAAGGAAUUUGGUGCACCAAAUAAAAAAAUCCGUCUUCCACCGAGUUUGGUUGAUCUUUGCAUAAGAAUUGAAGAGCAAUGUACGUUGGAACACUUUAAUCAUCAGCAAAAGACGCGAAUUUUUGAUUUGCUGGCUAACUGGGUCUGUGUGCAACGAAAUUCUCUGUAUAUCCGUAUGAAAGCUCAUCGAGAUCGUCAUGAAUCGAUCGCUACGUCGGAUUCAGACAUUAAUGCAGAUGAACCAGUGAAUGAAGUGAAAGAAGCAUCCCGCUCAAUGAACAGUGAAAGACUGUUUGGUUCUAAUGAUUCAUCUUCUUCCGUCAUUACAAUUUCAUCAUCUGUUUCGGAUUCACCUAAAUCUCCUCAUGAGACAAUAACGUCGGAAAAGAAGGAACAGCUUAUUGGUGUUAAACAUACGACAAGCAGCGAUGCUGCCAGAUCAUUAGAUAAACAUAUUGCAGCAGCAAAGGAAGGCACUGAAAAAGUGGGAACCACAUCAUCAGAUGCUACCGCUCCAUCCAUAUCUGUUAAAAAAUGUUGGGAUUGUUCGAUCCCUUCAAAAACUGCUUCCGAUUCAUCAAAAGCUUCAAUUACGACGAAUGUCACUAAUGCACUGAAUAACACUCAGCUGUUAUCUGUGUUUGCAACAAUGAUGCAACAAACUCGUGGUGAUUCUCUUCGUCAGCAACAACCUGUUGUUGAUAAUUUAACAACUCAAAUGAAUGCUCAUCUCCUAAGCAGUAAACAGCAAUCCGAACUUUUGUCGCAAUACCAGUUAACUCUCAAUAACAUUGCAAAGAUGACUACCAUAACACCAACUAGCUCUGGGAAAACUUCUGUGCCAUCAAAACCUAUUGCUUCCAAAAGCGAUCCACAGCCAUCGAAACCUCAAACGAAAACAAAUCGAGCGCUUCCCAGUAACAGUUCCAAUUCAACUUUAAUAAAAGGAUUGAAACAACCUACAAAUGAGAAAACUUCACGUGCACUGAAAGAAAUCAACAAUGGAUUGGCUCAGGUUGUUUCAGAAGUGGAAAAAGCUGUUAUUUGUACUGAAAACGAAUAUCUAAAGGAGAAAGCGAGGGCUGAAAGAGAAGGUAAAAUUGAGCCAUCGAAACGGUUUGUUUGGACUGAACCAUUGAGAGCAACGUUGAAAAAACAAGUGACUUUGCUGUUUACUAAUCUCGAGCAACAUGGUGAUUCUACCCAUAUUACUAAUACGACAGUUGUGCAGUAUUUGUACUACACUAUUAGACCGCUUUUCAAGGAUUACGUUAAAUUUAGAGACUUGAUCUUGGAGAUAUUGCGAUUGUGUCCAGAAAGACGGCAGCUGGUUCUUAUUCCUGAGAUGAAAGCAUUCAUUGAACUAAAUGAUGAUUCUAAAAUACAGUCUGGAGCAUCUCAAGUAACACCGAAGGGAUUGAAAACUUCGAGAGCCGACAUACUAUCUGCUAAAAUUUCUCGGAAUAAAAAUGCAUCAAAUACUGAAUUGCGACAAGCAUCAACUGCUAAUGCUGUGGAUUUUCGUUCAUCGAAUACUUUUGACAAGAAAGAGAACUAUUCCGUGAAAUGUAACAGUGGAGUAGAAGUUGAGAUUCUGGCUAGUUCAAAUCGAACAUCUGCACUCCUAACGCCUAAGUUAACUUCUGGACAGAAAGUCAUGUUAGCUCGGGAGAACAAGGAACGAGAAAAAUUAUUGGCUGAAAAAGCAGCAGCUGAGAAAGCACUCAGAGAGCGUAAAGAAAUUGAGCGGAAAUUGCAGGAGCAGAAAGAACGUGAAGCAGCUGAAAAUAGAAAGCGCGAUGAAGAAGCUAUUAAGAAAUGGGAACGAGAGGCAACUGAACGGCUGGAAGCAAGUAGAGAUGAAGAUGAAGAUUUGGUUGCUGUCGAAUCAGUGGGUUUCGCUGUACGGCCAAAAUUACAGGAUUCGGAUUUGCAAGAAAUUGAAGAAGUGGAGUUAGGCGCUGAUACUGAAGUUGACAUGAACACUGAAGAAGAUGUGAUUGUAGAUCAAAAGAGUGGAAGUCAAAUGUGCAAUUCGGAGAGUGAGCAGGCAUGUAGUAGUACUGAAGCGGAACGGUCUUUAGUAAAGAAAACCGAGUCGUGCAGUAAUAAUGGUCUAUCGGAGCAAAGUUCACCUAAAGAUUCUGUAAGCAGCGCGCAGUCAGUUCAUGCAUCAUCCGUGUCACGAAUUAUUCAUUCACAAAAUAACCGGCAAACAAACAUUGUGCAUUUCACACCUUUAUCUUCAUGCAAACAGUCGCCGCCGGUAACAAAAACUCAGAAGCUUCCAGGCGCAUCUUUGUCUUCUGUUACUGCUAACUUUUCAUCGAAUAGAUUUUCGGAGACAUGCAAAUAUUCAAAUUCUUCUCAACGGAAAUCUUCACCUCUCGAACAAGCGAUGCGGGAAAUUACGUCUGGAACAAGCAAAGAUUCUCAGCAGCGUCAAAUCUCCUGUAAGAAUCUUCAGUCCCAACAUUCUCCGACAAUACGUCAUGCUUCUCAAGUUUCUCAACAGUCCAUUCAGGAACAAGUACAUCAACAUCAACAUAAUCCCACACAACAUCCCUACAGUUAUUCCUCCUCUACUAUGACCCUUCCAACUUGCAAUAUUCCUCAAAAUGCUUCGCGAGCUUACAGCAGUGUACUUUCAUCACAAAAGGUCAUGUAUCCGCAGCAUUCUGUAUCUUCAGCAGGUUGCUCUUCAGCUUUUUCACCUUUACCACAACCGCCUACUCAGCAGCAACAACUAAUGACUCAUCAAUCAGCCUACAGUUAUCAACAGGAGCAAUUUUUGUUGCAUCAGCAGCAACAACAACGACAAAAGCAAUUAUACGGUGAACAACAGCAUCAAAUGAAUGCUUCACGCAAUCAUCAAAUGUAUAAUAAUUGGCGAUGA